CGCUAGCGCCGCCAGCCCAGCGGACCGUGGGCGCACUGCGAGCCCGUGGCGUCCGCCGGAAUCCCGGAGCUGCCGGGCGCUCCCGGCGGCUCCCGGCAAACUUUUCCCCAGCCCACGUGCUAGCGAGGCGCCUCGCUUCCCCAGCCCGGGAUGGAGCGCCGCGCCUAGGCAAGCCGCACCGUCCGAGACCGCGGUGGGCGCCGGCUACUUGGAUGAGCUCUCCAGUUCCCCGACUUUGAGAGGCGCCUGUCCCCCGCCCGACCGCCCAGAUGCAGUUUCGCCUCUUCUCCUUUGCCCUCAUCAUCCUGAAUUGUAUGGAUUACAGCCACUGCCAAGGCAAUCGAUGGAGACGCAGUAAGCGAGCUAGUUAUGUAUCAAAUCCCAUUUGCAAGGGUUGUUUGUCUUGUUCAAAGGACAACGGGUGCAGCCGAUGUCAACAGAAGUUGUUCUUCUUUCUUCGAAGAGAAGGCAUGCGCCAGUAUGGAGAAUGCCUGCAUUCCUGUCCAUCUGGCUACUAUGGACACCGAGCCCCAGACAUGAACAGAUGUGCAAGAUGCAGAAUAGAAAACUGUGAUUCUUGCUUUAGCAAAGACUUUUGUACCAAGUGCAAAGUAGGCUUUUAUUUGCAUAGAGGCCGUUGCUUUGAUGAAUGUCCAGAUGGUUUUGCACCAUUAGAUGAAACCAUGGAAUGUGUGGAAGGAUGCGAAGUUGGUCAUUGGAGUGAAUGGGGAGCUUGUAGCAGAAAUAAUCGCACAUGUGGAUUUAAAUGGGGUCUGGAAACCAGAACACGGCAAAUUGUUAAAAAGCCAGCAAAGGACACGAUACCAUGUCCAACCAUCGCUGAAUCCAGGAGAUGUAAGAUGGCCAUGAGGCAUUGUCCGGGAGGAAAGAGAGCCCCAAAGGCAAAGGAGAAGAACAAGAAAAAGAAGAGGAAGCUGAUAGAAAGAGCCCAGGAGCAACACAGUGUCUUCCUAGCUACAGACAGAGCUCAUCAGUAAAAUAGGAGACUUGUAGGUUAGAUUUUGGGGGAUUUUUGUUUUUGCAAAAGUGCACAAAGCUACUCUCCCCGCCUGGACACUGGUGUGUGGCGUUUAUGCUGCCUUGACCAGUAUUUGUUCCCGGUAAUGUUGUGAAAGGAGGAGCCACGAGCGUGGUCUCUGUUAUUUAUGCUUCAAUUUGCAUCUGGAGACUGUGAAGGCAGGAGCUCACGGCCUGAAUCGGUGGAAGAGGGAGUGGGUGUCCAGCAUGUGCCUUGGCUCCACAUGCACGGAGGGAACGUGGCAUCAUGGAGAGACAACGGCCGUGAGGCCCCAGACCACCACUGGAGAACAGACUUGUGCAUAUUUAUGGGAAAGAAGACACUCCGCAGGCAAAGUGCUAUUUCACCUGUGACCUUGAUUUCUCACGUUGUGUAUUUGCAAGGAUAAAUGUAUGUGGAUAUCUGCUUUUAGCUGGGGGUAUGCUCCAGGGAUUCCUGCUCAGUAUCACAUCAGCUCCAACAUGUACAUAAUCUGUGGGGCCAUCCAUAAACCUCUUACUGUAUAUUUAUGCCUUCUUUCCUGUAACAAGUCAUACCUGAUUAAUAUUAUGUCACUUUGUUUCUAGAUGUUCCUAACCAUCGUCCAGUAAAUGACUUCUAGUUGUGCGAAUUGACGGAUGUUUUGUUGCCCCUUGAAAUGUAACUUUUCUUGGAGGGCUUAUUGCUCAUUGUAAGAAUAGGAUAAGCUAGUUUGUACAUAGGCUCAAAUGACCAGUGUCAAAGAAUCUGAAUAUCAGUAGAACUUCCCCACUCCAGCUCUCCUCCUACAGAUAAAGCAGCAUGUGUCAGGCAGAAACUAAAACUCCCUUUACGUCUAAGAGGUGAUGACUUUAUGAAACACAAUUGAAAACGCAAGGAAUUACAUGCAGUCCCUUCUAGUACUCAUCAUGCAGUUUCAGAGGCUAGAGAUAUUUUCAAACUUUUGCUUCAAGCUUCAAUAUAUAUACAUAUUUAUCUAAAGCCAUCCCUGACUUACCAGGACAGGGUACCUACCAAUAUUCUUGGGUCACUGUAGAAAUUACCAUCGUGAGACCAUGCAUAGAAUUUGAGAAGAAAACAGUAUGAAUUCCUGUAACUGCUGCUCAGAUCUUAACAGGUCUCCUUUGAGCCAGAUCCGUAUCCUCUCCAAGACAGAAGAACACGAUGGAGACUUCCCUGGGGACUUUUGGAGCAGCUGUUUCAAAAACAUCAUCAUAUACUUGAGGAAAUCAGCUCUCAGAGAGCUUUGAAUUGGCUUCUUCUAUAAAAGCAUCAUUAUCUUCCUGGCUAAUUCAGAUGAAAAUUAAAACAAAAAAAUGGUACAGAUGUUUAAGGAAAAAAAAAGCAAGGUAAAGCAUUUUUUCUCACCUUGCAUUGGCAAAACUACCUCUUCAGCAUUUUUGUUUUGAGUCAAAAGCAUCUUACCAGUGAGUAUCAAUGUCCUAUACAUCAUUAUGAGAAUAUUGUUGCUAUGAGAUAAUAAGCCAUAUAUGAAUGUUGUACACAACUUUAGGGUUUGCAUUUAAUCCUAAAGUGCUCACCUCGUUUCAUGUCUAUUUACACUAUAUUCCUAUUUACUAAGUGGGGAAGGGGCUCCUUUAUAUAGUGCUUCAUCGUUAAUAAGUCAAUAUCUGUUCUGUUUCUGAGAUGUUCUUUUCAUGCAUUAAAAAUCUUCAAAAUUAUUGUUUGUGGAAGUUUUCUUUAGAGGUACAUUUAGAGCAAAAAGAAAUACUUUAACAACUCUACCCCUAAAUAAUGAUCCUUACAAAAACACAAAUGUUACCAAAAGGAACUAAAUAGUUUAGCUAUACAUUACACUAGAGUGGAAUGGAGUGGUUAGGCAGUGUGGCUCUAAAAUCUCUACUCCUGAGUUCUAAUCUAGACUCUGAGAGUAGCCUGGGGCAAAUUAUCUCUCCAGGUCUCUGUUCCUCAUCUGUGAAAUAGAGGUAACAGUAGUAUCUACCUGUAGGCCUAUGUUUUGAGGAUUAAAUUAGGUAAAAUGUGUAAAGUAUGGUCAGCACAGGGUAUAUACUAAGUGCUAUCCAAGUUACCUGUUAUUAAUUGCCUCUUCUUGGCUAAUUAUUUCAAAAACACUCAUUUCUCUCUAUAUUUUUGAAAAUUUCAGUUCCUUUCUAUCUAUUGCUUGAUGCCUAGGCAUCAUUUGCCCCAAUUUUUAUUCUUUAUUUUUAUUUUUUAUUAAAAAAAUUUUUUUAAACAUUUAUUAUUGAGAGACAGAGACAGACCGUGAGCAGGGGAGGGGCAGAAAGAGAGGGAGACACAGAAUCCAAAGCAGGCUCCAGGCUCUGAGCUGUCAGCACAGAGCCGGAUGUGGGGCUCGAACUCACAAACCACAAGAUCAUGACCUGAGCUGAUGUCAGACGCUUAACUGACUGAGCCACCCAGGCAUCCCUGCCCCAAUUUUUAUUCUUAUGGGAAUUGAUUUACAGCUGACAUAUAAUCUUCCAAUUGUAAAUAAAAGAUUCUUACUACAGUAUCAUUUAUAGCUUUCUGGGAAUACAAAGAAAAUCUCGUGGUUUUCUAUAAGUAGCUUUACCAUUCCUAUAUUUAUAUGAUGUAUAUAAAUAUAGACCAUAUGAAACUGGUUCCCCCCUCCAAUAUUUUCAUGGAGCUUAGCAUCUGUAAAAGUAAAUGAUGGAAUCACAACUUUGUCAAUUAAGUUUAGGUAGAGAAAAUGGGUGAAGGGAGUCAAAAGGUAGAAAGUUACACAACAAAUAUGUCAUAGGGAAGGCAAUGUAUAACAUGGCGACUAUAGUUACUAAUGCUAUUGCAUAUUUGAAAGUUUCUAAGAGAAUCUUAAGUGUUCUUAUUACAGAAGUUUGACAGACAAGCACUUAGGAAAAGCCAUUUUUAUGAAUGUCUUUGUUCUUUUUCAAGAUGCUAAUACCAAUAAUUGUAUGCAUGGAAUUUUCAUGUUUUGCUAGAAACAUGUGGAGAAAAGAUAGCACUUAGCCUCAAGUGUGUGACUCCUAUAAAGGUCAUGUGUGAUUCCUCCUCCAGCUUCAUAUUUUUUUCUUUAAAGGAGAGCUGUGAAGAGAAAGAAAAGGGCAUCAUCUGUUCAUGUUAGAGAAGUUUGUGCAUAGUAGAUAUUACUUGAUAAUAUCAUUAGACAAGGUAGAAUUAGUAACCCUGUGAAUGUAUAUCUUGACCGAUCUCAUCAUCUUCCCUCUUCUUUCAAAAGGAAUAACUAUUUCACUUAUGCAUCUGACCCCCUUCCUGUUACUUUGGGGGAUCUUCAGUAUCCACUUCUAGAAUUUCUUCAGCCCUUCCUCUUCUCAAGUCACCAUUUCAUCAAAGUCUUCACGGUCCACAUUUCUGAAAACUUUUGUUCAUUAAUGGCUUGUUCCCUUCUCGGCGAUUUCUUCCCACACCACCACACUAUCAUUGUUCUGACAAAGGGAGCAGUGAUGUUCCCCUUGCUAAACACAAGGAGGACAUUUGCCUUGAUCUUUUUGUAUGUGUCCUGUCUGCUCUUUCCACCAAGUUUAACUUUAUUGUGCCCUUUUCUCUAGGAAUUUCAUUUCUCAUUUGGCUUCUAUGACAAUCUUAACCAGGGCAUUGUACUUCUUCUUAGUCUUUUCAAGUUCUUUCUUGGCCUAAAUUAAAAACACUGAAGUUUCAUAGGUGAACUUACUGUUUAAUCUUUUACUCUUCUCAUUUCCUCAUUUUGCUUGGGAAAUAUGAUCUUAUGGCUUCACAUACCAUCUGUAUGCUCUUGGUUUCCAAAACACAUAUUGGUCUCCAGGUCUUCGUUAACAAUUUCCAAUCCUCAAAUAGAGAUAUCGACUAGGGAGCCCACACUGCCCUCAAGCUCAGUGUAUCUAAAACUGAAUUUGUUACUACCUCAGUCAGGCUCCAGUCAAGAAAAUAAACUAGUCAACAUAUUUCAAACAGGGAGUUUAACAGUGAUAAUUGGUUAUACAGGUAAUAAAGGAGGUGGGAAGCUGAAGUGGGAAUGACAAGACCACCCAAAGAUUAAUAAUAGGAGGAAGCCACUAUUACCCCUAGGGCAACCUCUUCCUGAUAACAGGAAGAGAUUGAGUUUCCAGAAUCUAGAAGGCAAGGCCACCCAGCUCAAGCUAGAACUAUAGCUGAAGCUAGAGCUGCGAACACAGAAAAAGAUGGAAUGAAAGAAAGCUUAUCUGGUAGGAGGAAGCUAAAAUGUAAAUCUGGUCACCCUGAGAAAUGCUGCCAGAGGCAAACAGAGGAAAAAACACCCUGGAUUCUCCUAACCUUCAUAUCUCCAGUCUUUUACCCACACCUGCCAUUGCCCAAAGCUAUCUGGAAACUAGGGAGCCUGAGUAAUGUAGUUCUCUGUGACACUGAGUGCAACAGAAGGACAUAGACCCAGGAGCAAUGAGCAAAUGGUCAACAUAAUCACUGACAUCUGCCCCCAAAACAAUUCCUCUUCCUGCCGUCCCCCUUUAGUAGUUAAUAAAACCUUUAACUACAUAGUUGGUUACAUGAACACUCUUGUAUUCAUCAUUUACUCCCAUUGUUUCCUACAUCUAAUCAGUUCUAUAUUCUAGUGAGCCUACCUCAGAAAUCUCUCUUGAAUUUCUCCCCAUGUCUUUGCUUUCUUUGUGCUAUGGCUGUGCUAAGUUCUCUUUGUAUCUCUUGUAGACUGUUUGUUAUCCUAAAUAUUCUUACCUCCAGCUUCACUCCAGGUAUUCAUUUGUAUUUCUACUACUUCUUUUUCUGUUAAUAUAUUGGUGGGUUUUAUAGAAUAAAAUCUUGAAUUUUUUAUAUGAAACACAGUAACCUUCUAACUUCCUCUUUACCCACUUAUCUUGUAGGGAUCAUGAAAAGACUGAAUGCAUUGGGAUUAUCAUUAUUAUAAAAUCUUCAAGGGUUUCUUUCAGGUAAACUCAGACAUGCAUACCAUAAUGGUUGAUACCCUUGAAUCAUGAAGGCAGAGAUGUAAGGGCAACUAUGACUUUAAAAGUAGAUGGUGGGCCACCUGGGUGGCUCAGUUGGUUAGGUGUUCAACUGAGGCUCAGGUCAUGAUCUUGAGGUCUAGUCUGUGGGCUUAAGCCCCACGUCAGGCUCUGUGCUGACAGCUCAGAGCUUGGAGCCUCCUUUGGGUUCUGUGUCUUCCUCUCUCUCUGUCCCUUCCCUGCUUGCUUGCAUGCUCGUUCUCUCUCAAAAUAAUAAGUAAACACUAAAAAAACCCCUUAAAAGUAGAUGGUGAACACACAAAAUCUGAGAGGUCAGUCUGAAAACUGUGUCCAAGAUUUAGACAAUUCCCAUAUUAAUCUAAGACAAAUCACUACAAUAAACUGCCAUGUGCCACCUCCCCCAGCUUCAGAAGACAGUGAUUGGUGAACUAAACACAAGCCUUAGAAACCUUCCCAACAAAGGUGUUCCAAGGAAACAUUGCUAAGAGAUUGAAGUUGCCAAGGGAAUUAUCCUCUCUUGGAUUCCCAGGUCCACUUAAUGCCUGAGAUGGUGAUAACUGUCUUCUCUCAGAAACACUCUCUGGAGUAUUCCACGAAAUAGUUUUCAAAUAUUUCCACUAAGACACCCUUAAAGACAGGAAAAUAAAGUUGUAAGUCUGGGAUUAGAACCUUUAUUAGCAGACUAACUCCUCCUCAGGUUUUUAACCUCAGUCUCUGCGACAGCAUGCUCUCCAUGUGCACAUCCAACAUUUAUUUGAUUCUCUUCUGACUUUGUUUCUUCCCAUUGCUAAUUUAGUUAUAAGACUCUGUCACAAGGUCUGUUUUUGAGAAAAGGGGUUAGCAAACUUUUUCCAUGAAGGCCCUGAGAGUAAACAGUGGGUUUUAUAGGACAAGUGGUCUUGGUCACAGCAACUCAGCCAUGCGACUGUGGUACAAAAGCAACCCUAGACAGUAAACAAGUGGGUGUGACUAUAUUGCAAUAAAAAUUUAUUUACAGACACAAAUAUGGAUUUCAUAGUUUCACAACAUAGUAUUCUUUUGAUUUUUUUCAACCAU